UUUCAUGUUGUGUGUACUGUGGGAGACCAGAUAUAGUGAAUGCAGGGUCCUGGGAGAGCAGAUAUAGUGAAUGCAGGGUCCUGGGAGACUAGAUAUAGUGAAUGCAGGGUCCUGGGGAGACCAGAUAUAGUGAAUGCAGGGUCUGGGGAGACCAGAUAUAGUGAAUGCAGGGUCCAGAGAGAUCAGAUAUAGUGAAUGCAGGGUCUGGGGAGACCAGAUAUAGUGAAUGCAGGGGUCCGGGGAGACCAGAUAUAGUGAAUGCAGGGUCCGGGGAGACCAGAUAUAGUGAAUGCAGGGUCCAGGAGAGAUCAGAUAUAGUGAAUGCAGGGUCCAGAGAGAUCAGAUAUAGUGAAUGCAGGGUCUGGGGAGACCAGAUAUAGUGAAUGCAGGGUCCGGGGAGACCA